AUGAGAAGAUUUCGACCGAUCCAUAUGUUAGUGAAUAUCCACUUGAAGGCUCUAACGCUGAGCAACACCUACUUCACAGCAGCUCCGCAACGUGAGGAACAUGAGAAGCUGCAGCUCUCUAAUGCUGAGAAGGGUAAGGUGGUGACCCGCUUUCCCCCAGAGGCUAGCGGGUUCCUGCAUAUCGGCCAUGCGAAGGCUGCUCUGAUCAACCGCAUGCUGGCGGACGCGUAUGAGGGAAAGAUGCUUUUCCGCUUUGAUGACACAAACCCAUCGAAGGAAAAGGAGCACUUUGAGGCUGCCAUCGAGGAGGAUCUCAAGACACUAGGUGUGCGGUACGAUUUUGGGCCAACAUACUCGUCAGACUACUUUGAUCUGAUGUUCGAGAAGGCGGAGGACAUGAUCCAGCGUGGCUUGGCGUACUGUGAUAAGACACCGCGGGAGGAGAUGCAGAAGUGCCGCUUCGACGGUAUUCCGACGAAGUACCGCGAUGCGUCUGUGGAGGAGAACAUGCGCCUGUGGAGGGAGAUGAAGAUGGGCACUGAGGAAGGCCAGAUCACGUGCCUUCGUGCUAAGGUGUCCAUUGACGACCCCAACAAGGCGAUGCGGGACCCCGUCAUGUACCGCGUGAACAUGACUCCGCACGCCCGCCACGGGAUGAAGCAGGUGGCGUACCCGACAUAUGACUUCUGCUGUCCUCUCGUCGACUCGGUUGAGGGUGUAACCCAUGCUCUUCGCACAAAUGAGUAUCACGACCGCAAUGCCCAGUACUACUGGUUUUGCGACGCUAUGGGGAUCCGAAAGCCGGCAAUUGAGGACUUCUCGCGGCUCAAUAUGGAGUACUCGGUAAUGUCAAAGCGAAUGCUAACAAAGCUGGUGGACACACGCGUGGUGGACGGGUGGGAUGACCCGCGGCUCCCGACGGUGCGCGCGCUGGUUCGCCGUGGUAUGAAGAUUGAGGCGCUUCGCCAGUUUGUGGCGGAGCAAGGCAUGUCGAAGAGUGUGAACUUCAUGGAGUGGUCGAAGAUCUGGUACUUUAAUGCACAGAUUCUCGACCCCACAAGUCCCCGCUACACGGUGGUGUCGAACACACUGAAGGUCCGCUGCACUGUAGAGGGGCAGAGACACAUGGAAGCUGAAAAGAAGCCGCUCCACAAGAAGGACCCCAGCAUGGGUGCCAAGACGUACUACAAGUCAGAUGUUAUCUUUUUGGACGCUGAGGACGUGGCGCUCAUCAAAGACGGUGACGAGGUGACGCUGAUGGACUGGGGCAACGCGUACGUCAAGGACAUAAAGCGUCCGAGCGCUGAUGCUCUGCCUACUGAGGCCACGAUCGUUCUGCAUCCAGAGGGAGAUGUCAAGAAGACGAAGUUCAAGCUCACGUGGGUGCCGGAGAGCGAUAAGGCUGUGAUUUUGACUUUGAACGAGUACGAUAAUCUGUUGACCAAGAAGAAACCGGACCCGGAGGAGAGCAUUGAUGACAUCAUUGCUCCCGUUUCCCACUACUCACAGGAGGUUGUUGGCGAGGAGGCGUUGUCGGUGGUGAAGAAGGGUGACAUUCUCCAGCUGGAGCGCCGUGGCUACUACAUCGUCGACGACGACAAGGCGGAGAAGAAGGUGCUCAUCUCAAUCCCGGAUGGCCGCGACAAAGUAAACCACCUUUCCGCCAAGGCGCAGUACCUGAAGACACUGCCGAAGAAGGCGUCCGCCGCUGACGAGCUGGCGGCCAAGCGUGCAGCCAAGGCAGCGAAGAAGGCGGCUCAGAAGGCGGCGGUGAAGAGCAGCUAG